CUGCCCUUUGACCCUUCUAUUUUGACUCUGACAUUUCUGAUCUCUCAAUGACGGCGAGAUUUUCUCCCGGGAUUUGUCGAUAGUUUCACUUCCCCAGACAGAAUAUGGAAGCGACUGAAUACACCGGCUAGCAUGGUUCCUUACGGGUGUUCUCUCUGUCCAGAUCGAUUCUGAAAGGUCGCUAGCGGAACCGAGACAGCAGCCAGUGAAGUGUGUCUGAGCGGGUAGUGAUAACAUGGCCAACUCAAGAGGUGCCAUAGCAGUCUUUGUUGCCAAGAAACCUUGUACAGAAUGUCUCCUGACCUACACUGAAGACAGAGGAUGGUGGCUGCCUUACACAGAGGUGGGAGAUGGAGACGGUUUUGUGGAGGCAGCCAGGACAGUAGUCAGGGAGAAGUGUGGACUAGGCAUAGAUAUUGAUGGAGUUCUGGAGGUGAGACAGACAGCAGUGAUGACAUCAUCCCAUCCCAAGGUCAUGGUGACCUUGUCUGGCUCACAGGAGGGACACGGUGACAGCAUACCUCUGGAACUACAGAGCAAAGCAUCAUGGUAUACCCUCCAGGAGUUGCAGCAACUCUCUACUCAGGAUCAAGGCCUUCUGGGAAAUGAGCCUAUCAGCUGGUUCAGGCAUGUACAGGACGAUGGCCACGUGGCCCCUCUCUCUAUCCUUCAUUCCAUCACCAUGGCAACUGAGAGUAGCAGCUUUGAGGACCAUGAGGAAAGUCUCUUUAAGGCUGCUAACUUCAAGCAGGAAGAACAGGAGGAACUGUUGCAAGAUUUCUACUCCGUGUGCUAUCCCAGCAUCACCAUGGGUUGUCAGACAUUUGUCAGGUAUUUUUCAGAUAAAGAAGUGCCAAUGGAGAAGUGCAUCAACCUGUUCAGGGCAUUUGAUACCAGCAAUCAGCACGUGCUAAAUGCAAAGGACUUCUUACUGGGUAUGGCAGCUCUCCAACCCUGUGUCCCACAUGGCGGGAUGCCGGCAGAAAUCCGUUGCCGCUACAUUUUCAGAUAUUACAACAAGAACUCUGAUGGGAUCUUGAAGCAAGAAGAGCUUCAGUCAAUUGUUGCAGACAUCUUUGAGUACAAGGGGAGGCAGCUUACAGCCGAAGACUUGAAGGAGGAGACAGCUAAGGCUUUAAAACUGUUUGCAAAUGAUGGCAAUGGUGGGGUUGCCCUUGCAGACUUUCUCAGUGCCGUGGGCUCACUGAAAUUCCGGGGUACCUCUCUGUUAUUCCGACUACCUCACGAUUUCACAGGAAGUCUGGAUGCCAAGAUGAACAAUCUGGGGGCUGAAGGCAGGGACGUGCCUGAUGUAGCCCCACGGAGGGAAAGGAAACCAUCCAAGAGGAAGAAAUGGGAGGCUGGUCCCGAGUCGGACAGCUCAGGCAAGGAGUCAGAUGUUGAGCUACCAGACGUUGAAAUCAAGUAUGAGCUGGCUCUGCAUUCAGUAAAGGUGAGGAGAACAGGUGUUGUGUCGGACGUAAAUACCCUGUGGGACCUACAGGGCACCAGUGCCCUGAGCCACAGCAUCGGGACUGUGUUGGAGGGGGACAAGACCCGCUUCCAGCGCCUGCCUUCUGUACAGUGCUUCAACCAGAAGUCUCAUCCCAACGAGAUGCUGACUGGUCUGCGCUACUUUGAACGUCCAGUCAAAAAGCCGGAUGGAACUCUUGAAAAGAAAAGCUUUGAAUGGGGCCCUGUGAACAAACCAGCCUUUGCCAAGUGUCUACUGUCUAUUUGCCAUGAGGUGAAGAAUGUCUUCAUGGAUGAACCUCGGCUGCUCAAAGUGCAGGCACCUGUUUACAUUCUAGGAGACCUGCAUGGCAACUUCCAGGACUUGGUGUGUUUUGAGAAGGCCCUGUGGAGGAUGGGUGUCCUGCUGACUCCUGCAUCCUUCCUGUUCCUGGGGGACUAUGUGGACAGGGGAGAGUGUGGCAUUGAAGUGGUGGCCUACCUCUUUGCCCAGAAGCUACUUGUUCCAGACAAGGUCUUUCUUAUCCGAGGGAACCACGAGCUGCGUGCCGUCCAGGAGAGGUUCUCCUUCCACACGGAGUGUCUUCAGAAGUUUGGAGACAAGCUGGGUCUGGAGGUGUGGGAGGCCAUUAACCAGUGUUUUGACGCCAUGCCUGUUGCUGCAGUGGUGGACAACAACAUCUUCUGUGCCCACGGGGGGAUCCCCAGUCUGUGGCACAGCUCCGGCCUGCUGGCAGACAUGGAGAAGAUCCCAGUACCACUGCACGAUCCGGAGAGCGAGAGUCCUUUGGCAUGGGAACUGAUGUGGGCAGAUCCUCUAAGUUCUGAUGACAUCGAUCCAGAGAUGCAGGAGGAGCUGAAAACAAACCACGGCUUCACCCAGAACCCCAAACGUGGGACGGCCCACGCCUUCAGUCACCAGGCCCUGCAGGACUUCCUGGUCAGAAACGGGCUUUCUCAUGUCGUCAGGGCUCACGAGGUGCAGCAGGCAGGCUUCCAGGUACAACAACAUGGGAAACUGCUGACUGUCUUCUCCUCCUCCCACUACUGUGGUGGGACAAACGAGGCAGCGUGUGUUUUGGCUGACAGGAACAAGAUUCGCACCAUACGACUGGACACUACCUGAAGCAGUGUUCUGAUGAGCAGUUCAAUAUGAAGAUUUGCAGAGCCAUGACAGCUGAGGAAUUUAUGAUAAUAUGGCUGCUGUGUUGAAGGUCAGUCAGGAGAGGGAUCCAAAAUGACUGUUAUGACAACAAAUAUUACAACAACUCAUAACAUACUGGUCUUAACUCUUACUGUAAAAUCAGUGUAACAUCUUGAUGCCCAAAGCGCCAUUUGAAUAGUAUGGGGCAAAAGUAGAUGAAUCUUGGCCAGUGAAGGGUUUUGUAAAUAUUUGGAUUAAGUUUUACAUACAGAAUUAUAUACUGUCCAACUGUUUGUACCAUCAUAAACCUUGGGAGGUUAUACAUAGUCUGACAUCCAACUCCUCAGGCACAGAAAGGAACAAGUACGAUGUUAUUACCAUACAGGAUUGAACUGCCUGAUGCUCCGUAUGUAGUAGAUUAUACAUGCAGUGCCAAUUGUUCAUGGAGCGGUUUGUUUAUUUUAGCCAAGUUCAAGGUUCAUUUUAAGACAAUGUGACAAAAGCUGAUGUUGAAAGUUCUAAAUGUGUAGGUCAUGAAUUCUGUAAUUGUUGCUUGUGAUGUGAGAUCACAGAAACUUCUUGCUAAGUACAUUUUGUUUGUGCUUCUAAUGUGCUUUAUAUGUAUAUUGUUGCAUUUUGAUAUGGUGUUUUGAAUAAUAUUGGUAGCUUUGCAUCUUUUUUAGAUUUUAUACUAAACGUUUGUAAUGUGUGCUGUCUCAGUGGUUUUAAAAUUGCUUUGCACUGUAUCAAAGUACACUUAAUGUUCAUUAUAUAUUUAGCUCAUUGAUGUCUUAAAUUAUGUUUAUGUAAUUAUUGUUUUCAUGUUAUAAAUGGAAUGUAGUUUUGAAACAGACUACUGUCUAUAAGAGAUUCAAACUGUUAUAUUCUUCAUCAAUCAUAUAUACAUGUAGCUUACUAAAGUCUCUUAGUAGUGCCACAGUCAGUAGGUUCGUAUCUCAGAAUACCUGGUUUCUUCAGUCAUGAUGUUCCAUCAUUCUGUAUGUUUGAGGAAUUCCAUUUCAAUUUUAGUAUGGUAGGUUAUGUCAUAUUGUUCAUGUGGUAGACUAGCAGAAUACAUAUUUUCAGCCGUAAGCUUUUGAGGGCUUAUAGAAUAUGAUUGUAUGUAACAGCUGUAUUCAGAUUUAGAAAUGUUUCUAUUUUGUAGUAUAUAGUAUGUAACCCAUAGAAGCUUAGUAUGUUGAACUUCCAGUUGUGGUUAUGUGGAUGGUUUAUUGUUUGAAGUUAAGGUACAUGUAGACAUUAAAAAGGGAAACAUUUUAUUUGAAACAU